AGGCGGGGCGGGGAGGCGCUGCGGGGACCCUCUCCUGCUCUGACCGCGGAAGAGCAGGAGAACGUCCAGGACAUACUCGCAGCGAUGGGCUCCCUGACGGCUGCCCUCUGGGCAGUGCUCAGUCCUCGGACUCUCCUGCUGGGCACUGUCGCCUUUCUGCUCUUUGCUGACUUUCUCAAAAGACGGCGCCCAAAGAACUACCCGCCGGGGCCCUGGGGCCUGCCCUUCUUUGGCAACUUCUUCCAUUUGGACUUCGAGAAGUCGCACCUGGAUAUUCAGCCGUUUGUGAAGAAAUAUGGGAACCUUUUUAGCUUGGAGCUUGGUAGCUUUUCUGCAGUUCUUAUUACUGGCUUGCCCUUAAUCAAAGAAGCCCUUAUCCACAUGGACCAAAACUUUGGGAACCGCCCCGUGACCCCUAUAAGAGAACGUAUCUUUAAGAACAAUGGAUUGAUUAUGUCAAAUGGCCAGGUAUGGAAGGAGCAAAGAAGGUUCACUCUGACAACACUAAGGAACUUUGGUUUAGGAAAGAAGAGCUUAGAAGAACGCAUACAGGAGGAGGCCCACCACCUCACUGAAGCAAUAAAAGAGGAGAACGGACAGCCUUUUGACCCUCACUUCAAGAUCAACAAUGCAGUUUCCAAUAUCAUUUGCUCCAUCACUUUUGGGAAACGCUUUGAGUACCAGGAUGGUCAGUUUCAGGAGCUGCUGAAAUUGCUGGAUGAAGUCAUACGUUUGGAAGCUUCAAAGACGUGCCAGCUCUACUGUAUCUUUCCAUGGCUAAUGAAACUCCUGCCUGGACCCCACCAAACUCUCUUCAGUCACUGGGAAAAACUGAAAUUGUUUGUUUCUCAUAUGAUUGAAAAACACAGGAGGGAUUGGAAUCCUGCAGAAACAAGAGACUUUAUUGAUGCUUACCUCAAAGAAAUGUCAAAGCACACAGACAAUCCUACUUCAAGUUUCCAUGAAGAAAACCUCAUCUGUAGCGCCCUGGACCUCUUCUUUGCUGGAACCGAAACAACUUCCACUACACUGAGAUGGGCUCUGCUUUACAUGGCCCUCUACCCAGAAAUUCAAGAAAAAGUACAAGCUGAGAUUGACAGAGUGAUCGGCCAGGGGCAGCAGCCGAGCACCGCUGUCCGGGAGUCCAUGCCCUACACCAAUGCUGUCAUCCAUGAGGUGCAGAGAAUGGGCAACAUCGUCCCCCUGAAUGUUCCCAGGGAAGUCACAGUUGACAGUACUUUUGCUGGGUACCACCUGCCCAAGGGGACCAUGAUCCUGACCAAUUUGACGGCGCUGCACAGGGACCCCACAGAGUGGGCCACCCCUGACACGUUCAAUCCAGAGCAUUUUCUGGAGAAUGGACAGUUUAAGAAAAGGGAAGCCUUUAUACCUUUCUCAAUAGGAAAGCGGGCAUGCCUCGGAGAACAGUUGGCCAGAUCUGAGCUGUUUAUUUUCUUCACUUCCCUUGUGCAAAAAUUUACCUUCAGGCCCCCAGACAAUGAGAAGCUGAGCCUGAAGUUUAGAAUGGGCAUCACCAUUUCCCCAGUCAGUCACCGCCUCUGCGCUGUUCCUCGGGUGUGAUGUUGUCAGGGAAAAAAGGGGCAAGGGAAGUAAGAAGACAUGGCAUGUGUUCUGAACCCAAGAUACAGCAUGUGUUCUGUGCCUGCUCAGAUGUUAAAGUACAAAAUGAAAGUGCCUUUGAGAAAAGAUCGAAGGAAUUUGACUCAGAGAAAACUAGAUCCAAAUCCCAGCUCUACCAUCUCCUCCAAAGCCUUGGGAAAACCGUCUAUGUGCUACAUGAUUUACUGUUUAUCCAGGAGAUGAAAUGAGGAUAAUGAUUCUUUCCAUAAAGAAAGUUCUUAUAAGAAUCAAAAUAAAUGGUGAACUUUAAGUGAUUUGUAAACCAUAAAGCACAUCAUAAAAUUUCUACCU